UUAUAAUACGGACUUCGGACUCUGUUCACGGCGUGAGAGAUUCUUCUGCAACACACGACCAAUGAAAAUGGACUAUUGUCGAUGAUGGUGUGUAGGAAACUUCUCAGUCAUCUGUACAGAUUCAAUGAAAAACUGAGCUUGCGAUUGACCGGGAAGCCAGCUGUGCAAUGAGCCGCAAUGCCCGCUCCCUCGUGGACGGUAUGUGGCCGGCCUGCAGAAGCGACGUCGAGUUGACAAGAUGCAGCAGGCGGUGCAGCAUCUUAUGGCCCAAAAGGCGCCCAGCCAUUCGAGCAUCCUACUGGCUCUACAUUUGGUGCCACCACCGGCAGUCAUGGUCAGCUGAUGUAUUAUAUGCCCCCUCUUCCGCGCUCCAUGAGGUUUCUUAGCUCAUUCCAAGGCUCUUCUGCUCCCACGGUCUCUUCAAGUGGCUUGUGGCUUCCUCACCCGAAGCAUAACGUUCAGGCACGGCCCGAAGAAGAUGCCUAGUGGAUUUGUAUUGCCGCCGCCCGUAAACCCCGAUGAUCCGGGCAUCGGCCCGGCGAUUCUCGCCGUCUCAUGGCUGCUGACGGUCCUGGUCAUGGCCACCGUCGGCCUGCGGUUCUACCUGCGCAAGUCCCAGAAGAUCAUGAUCGCUUCUGACGACUGGAUCAUGCUCGCCGCCGCCUUCUUCCAGAUAGUCUACCAGAUUUUCCUGACCAUAUGCUGCGUCGCGGGCCUGGGCAAGGCCAUCGCCAACAUGACGCUUGACGAGAUCAUCGCCGCCGAGAAAUGGGCGUUCUUGACGACACCCUUCUCCAACGUCGUCUCCAUCCUCGCCAGAAUCUCCAUCACCAUCCUGCUUAUUCGCAUCUUCGGCAAUAGGAGAUGGUUCAAAUGGUUUCUCAUCAGCUUCACUGCGUUCCAGACCGUGCUGGGCUUGCUUAACAUCAUCAUUAUCUGGGUGCAAUGUACUCCAGUGGAGGCGGUGUGGGACUUCCUCGUCGUCGGAGCGAAAUGUUGGGAUAAGCGAAUCCAGCAGUACCUGACUCUGGUGCUACAGGCGCUUUUCGGAAUCUCCGAUCUCCUUUAUGUCUUGUUCCCGGUCGUCUUCAUCUGGAAGCUUCACAUGCCGACGCGCCGCAAGAUCGGCUUGAUUGUCCUGAUGGGUUUCUCGGUCUUGACCGCGGUUGCCGCGCUGUCCAAGGUGGUAGUGAACUGCGUGUACGCGAAUAUCGAUCCGUUCAGCGACCCUCAAAUCUUCACACUCUUCGGAGUCAUGAGUCUCUGCACUGCGAUCGAACAGUGCCUGGUUAUCAUCAUCGGGUCCAUCCCCACGCUACGUCCGCUCGCGAAUGUGCUGGCGCCCUUCUUCGAAAACCUCGGAUCGUCACUGGCCGGUCUUGUCCCGAGUACUUGGAGGAGGAGCAGCAGGCGACACAGAUCUGAGACGGCGUCGCAGUCAUUGAGCUACAAGCAGGGCUACAUGGACUUGGAAAUGCAACCGACACACGGCGUGUCUGGUGAGGAAUUGAUCCUUCCCAAGCAAAACACUACGGUUCAGACGGGCCCAGCCCCGCGAUUCCCUCCCGGGAAGCCCGUGGUCCAGCGCACCGACGACAUCUCGGUGACGUACCACAAGCGCGAGCCUUGAGAUAGGAUUUGAGUCGAUGGGAGAGUACCAUUAUUAGAUGUGUUACGUAGGUCAUAAGGAUCUCGAUCACAGGUAACAGGGAUGUAUUCGUAGACCAAAAGCUUGCAAGGUCCAAGUACGUGCUGGGUCGUGUAUAGGAUUUCUUGUAAUGAGAUGCAUGGAUUUUCUUCAAGAAUACAUUGGCAUAUAUGUACAAGUGGAUGGUGGGGACUGCCGUAUAGCAGGACGGUGCUGUCAGAUGUCAAGACAUUUUACAUGUAUUGGGAUUAAAAACUAAACCACAUGAUGGUAAGGCUAUUCACAAUUUUGAGUUAGAUGUCAGGCAUAUGGCAUAGUGUUUCCCGUAGAUUAGCCACCUAUACAGAACACAAGAAAAUGAGAAAGAAAAAACAAAGCACGUCAUCCAUCAAGAACCAACCACUGCAUCAUCCAAUCGUGACCCAGUGUAUCUGCCCCGGCGUAUCGGCCGGCACCAGGGUCGUUUACUUAGAAGAAC